AUGGUUGACACACUCUCCCUCGAAGGCAAGGUAGCCAUCAUCACCGGCUCAGGCCGCGAGACCGGAAUCGGUGCGGCCACAGCGACGGCUCUCGCCCGAAACGGCGCGUCGGUGACUAUCAACUACGUGUCGGACGCCACAACCCCAAGGGCGGCCAAGGUUGUCAAGAGCAUCCAAGAGGCUGGCGGCAAGGCCAUCGCCGUCCAAGCGGACGUGACAAAGCCAGCGGAGGCCAAGAGGCUCGUGGGGGAGACGCUCAAGGGCUUCAACACGGACAAGAUUGAUAUCCUGAAGGAGAUUGAUGCCACCUUUGCGACGUCUGUCCGUGGGCCGAUUCUCUUGAUGCAGGCCACGGUCCCGCACAUGCCCCGAUUCGGCCGUAUCAUCAACGUCUCGUCCGUGGCGUCCAGGCCCAUCACUCUCGAAGGCGUGGCCCUCUACGGUGGCGGAAAGGCAGCUAUGGAUCAGAUCACCUUCGCCGUGGCAGCUGAGCUCGGUAAGAAUGGGAAGAACAUCACAGUGAACACUGUCGCCCCAGGAAUCACCACCACGGACAUCCUGUCGCCCGAAGCUAUGGAUGCCUUCGACAAGGCGAUGACACCAAUGGCGAAGGUUGAGGAUCGCCCCGGGCACCCCAAUGAUAUUGCUGACACAAUCCUGCUGCUGGUCCAAGAGAAGAGCAGGUGGAUCACGGGCCAGUACAUUUCGUGCAGUGGUGGAAUCACUGGCAACUGA